CUUCUUUUCUCUUUCUGGUCUGGUAGAGAGAGUGGAGUGGAGUCCAGCUCGAUCGAGCGAUCCAUCGAUCUAUCUUCGAUCCAUCCAUCUCUCACUCGAUUCCAUGUUUUAUGGAGAUCUCUUCCGCAACAGGGUGCUGGGAGCAGCCAUGGCGUUUCUACUCCUCGUUUCCCUGUUCUUCUUUUUCAGAGUAAGCAAACAGUAAAUUAUCCAUCUAGCUCCAAUCGGUCGAUCGAUCGGCAAGUGAGGACCAACGAGUUGAUCCUCUCGCGGUAGUCGAGCAUGAGGAGGACCACAUGGGGACGAUCCAUCGCCAGCAGCAGGAGCCCAAUUGCCCAUCUUACUUCGCAUGGAUCCACGAAGAUCUGGCUCCCUGGAGCGAGAGUGGGAUCACUCGCGAGCACCUGGACGAGGCCCGGCGAAAAGGCGAUUUUCGGCUGGUUAUCGUCGAUGGUAAGCUCUACUUUGAGCGGAUCCAGGAAUGCAUCCAGACCCGGGACGAGAUCACUCUCCAAGGAUUGCUCUUGCUGCUGGAGAAAUUCCCCGGGAUGAUUCCGGACAUGGAGAUGGUGUUUGUUUGCAAUGAUUUCCCUCAAGUUCCCAAGGACGAGUAUCGGUCAAAGCCGCCGCCGCCAGUCUUCUCCUAUUGCACGUCCAGAUUCGGGGGGCAUUUUGAUAUACUCUUCCCAGAUUGGUCUUUCUGGGGAUGGCCACAAGUCAAGAUUCGUCCCUGGGAGCAAGAAAGUGUGGAGAUUUUCGAUGGAGCGAAUGAAACGGAUUGGUUUGAGAGGGAGGCGAUUGCCUACUGGAAGGGAAAUCUUUGGGUGAUGACACCGGUUCGCGAGGAGUUGCUUCAAUGCAACAACACGCAAUACAACGUUGUCGUCUAUUAUUUGGAUUGGGCAAAAGAGGAAGCCGAGGGAUUCAAGACAUCGUCGCUAUCAAAGCAAUGUCACACCCGAUACAAGGUUUAUGCUGAAGGACGAGGGUGGUCAGCUAGCCUCAAAUACUUGAUAUCUUGUGGCUCCACAAUUCUCCACAUUCAGCCCGAUUUCUGGGAGUUUUUCGCUAGAUCCUGGCUACCUUAUGUGGAGUACUGGCCAAUCAGCAGAGAAAACAUGUGUUCAUCCAUUAAGCAUGCUGUGGACUGGGGAAACGCACAUCCAUUUGAGGCUUCUGCUAUUGGAAAACGCGGGCAAGCCUUUCUCAAGGAGCAGCUAACCAUGGAUCACGUCUACUCGUACAUGCUGCAUGUCAUGCAAGCGUACGCAAAGUUGCAAAGGUUCAAGCCGGAGGUUCCCAAAGGCGUCCAGCCAUGGCGGCCGAAUCCAGGUGAAAACUUUGGAAAUGUCACAGCAGGACAACCUUGCAACAUGCCUCCCAGGGAUCAAGUCAUGGUGUCAAGGUUUACGGCCAGCCAAGUUGCUGGAUACUGGCAAAAAUGCCCCUAACCUCUUCUUUUCUCAAUCUUUUGAUCAACAAAGAUUAAUAAUCGAA